AUGUCGGGAAUCACCGACUUCCUCGGCCGUGCCAUCAGCACGGUCAAGCAGGCCAUCGACGCCGACAACGCCGCCGAGUAUGACAAGGCCUUUCAACUAUACACAAAGUCGCUUGAGCUCUUCGUCCUCGCCGUCAAGUGGGAGAAGAACCCAAAGUCAAAGGAACUCAUCCGACAGAAGACGGCCGAGUACAUGGACCGCGCCGAGAAGCUUAAAACAUACCUUAACGAAGCAGAGAGUAAAAAGAGCGGCGGGGGCGGGAACAAACCCGGGGCCGUGGGCGUUAAUGGCGGCGGCAAGGGCAAGGGGAGCGCCGACGACGGCGACGAGGACAACAAGAAGCUGCGCAAUGCCCUUAGCGGUGCCAUUUUGCAAGAGCGACCUAAUGUGCGGUGGGACGACGUCGCCGGUCUCGAGGGUGCCAAAGACACGCUAAAGGAGGCUGUCGUGCUGCCCAUCAAGUUCCCGUCAUUGUUCCAGGGCAAGCGUCAGGCGUGGAAGGGCAUUCUCCUUUAUGGCCCGCCUGGAACGGGUAAGAGUUAUCUGGCCAAGGCGGUCGCGACGGAGGCAAACAGCACAUUCUUCAGUGUCAGCAGUUCCGAUCUCGUGAGCAAGUGGAUGGGAGAGAGUGAGAGGCUCGUCAAGGCCCUCUUCAGCAUGGCGAGAGAAAACAAGCCCUCAGUCCUCUUCAUUGACGAAAUCGACGCCCUCUGCGGACCCCGCGGCGAAGGCGAGUCCGAGGCGUCAAGACGUAUCAAGACGGAGCUGCUCGUGCAGAUGGACGGUGUCGGAAACGACAGCAAGGGCAUCCUGGUCCUGGGCGCGACCAACAUCCCCUGGCAGCUCGACGCCGCCAUCCGCAGACGUUUCCAGCGCCGCGUGCACAUUGGUCUCCCCGACGUCAACGGCCGCGCGCGCAUGUUCAAGCUGGCCGUCGGCGACACGGAAACGCACCUCCAGGCGGACGACUACCGCGUCCUGGCUGAGCUGUCGGAGGGUUUCUCUGGCAGUGAUAUCGCCAACGUGGUGCAGCAGGCUUUGAUGGGGCCCGUUCGCAAGAUUAUCCAAGCCACACACUUCAAGCCGGUUGUUCACGAGGGUCAGAAGAAGCUGACACCUUGCUCGCCUGGCGACCCCCAAGCCAAGGAGAUGACGUACCACGACGUCGACUCGGAGGAGCUGAUGGCGCCCAUCAUCGAGCUCAAGGACUUCAAGCAGGCCCUUAGGGACUCGCAUCCCACCGUUUCUGACGACGACGCCGCCAAGCAAAUAGAGUGGACAAACGAGUUUGGUAGCGAGGGCGCAUGA